AUGAACUUUGCGGCGAUCAACAAUGAACCCCAGAAUUGCAAAGAUGCGGCUCAAAGGUGGGUCUUGAUCAUUUUCGCCAUUCGAGUUAGCGGUAUAGAUCAAACAUCACAUAAGAUCGAAGAUAGAGAUCGACGUAAACAUCAUUUUCAUCACUGGUGGAAGGCGUUUGUUGUGAUGGUGAGCAAAGCAAGUGCUCACGACAAGAUCGUAAAUGGGAAAACAUCCAAGCAUCCGAGCAUCAUCGAUUCCAUUUUCAAUGCUACAUGCCUGAACCCCGCCGGUACAAGUGUAGAAACCAGAAGGGCAUAA